AUGUCGUGGUUCGAGCGAAUCGCAGCAGAAGCAGCGCACGUCGAGAAGAAGAGCGAGGGGACGACUCCUCAGGAAGUCGCCAACAAGCUUGCUCAGCAUGUUCCUCAGUCCUUCACUCUGCGAGAGCUCGCGGAUGCCACGAGAGAAGUGCUCGGCCAAGCUCGUGCAUCGAAACAAAGGAGGGAAAAGGCCGGGACUUGCCUAGUCUCACUUCUUGCUUGCCUGCGCUGUGAGGACCGAAUCGCCCACGGAGCUGCCGGAGACGACGAGGACGCAGUCAAGGAGCUCGCGCUGGGCGUGGCGAAUGUCAUCGCGCCCGUGGCCACCCAACACGAGGAACUGGAUGGGACCGGUCAACAGACCGAGUUAUCGGGCCAAGAGCUGCUCCAGCGCAGCGAGGAGUUCUCUGAGCAGUGUCGGGAUCUGGCAGUCCCCGGCGUCGAAAUCCUCGAAGCGCUCGUGAAGCGAACCGCCAGCCCGGUGCGGCUGGAUGACGAGGUCCUGCUCACCCUCCUCGCCUACACCGACGAGACGCGACCCCAGCGGCCGAGCACGGAGACCAAGGCGACCGCCGACAGACUCCUGCAGCAGCAGCUACUCGGCGUCCCGGGAGCGCCUACCAAGGAGCAGUUCAUCACCGAGACGGUCCUCCAGACCUUCCUCCGCCCGCUCUUCUCCAAGUCCAAGCCCUCCACCAUCACGGCCUCGGGCCGCAAGGCCGAGUACGUCGAUGGCGCUGCCAGCCGGGCUGAGAGCAUGCCGGACGACACGGCCCAGACGAAGCCGUGGAAGUUCACCGACCUGCGAACCAUCCCUGCGGUAGGAUGGGCGGUGCGCGAAGCAGAUACCCAACUCAUCGCCAAGCACUGGCCCCUCUUCAUCCCCGUCCUGCUCACCCUCGUCGACGACAUCGCCACGUCCGUCCGCCGCCGUGGCCUGCUCAUCCUGGCAGACUUCCUCGGCAAGAUGCCCGACAGGACCCUACACGACACGGGGCUGGCAAAGGUGUUCGAGGACGCCGUCUUCCCGACGCUCGCCUUCCUCCCCGGCCUGACACCCGAGCAAGAGUCGGUAGAGCUGCUCGGCCCGGCGUACCUCGCACUGCGCAGACUCGCCGAUAAACAGCCUGCGGCGGGGAAGGACGGGAUCGCGGGGGCACCAAAGAACACCCUGCUCGACAAGAUGCUUCGCGAGGGGGUAUUCAUGGGAUAUUUUCAUGCCAAGGAGCAUGUCAACAUCGUGGAGGUGCUGUGUCAGCAGACAGAGACGAUACUGAACGAGAUGGGCGUGCAUGCGGUGAAGCAUCUCAAGGUGAGCUCCCCAGCUCUCUCUGCUAGCAUAUUUGAGGGCCCCGAACUCAUAUCGGCGUUCCCCCCAACCCGUCCCUUCAGGAUCUCGUACCUAUGUGCUCGGCAAUAA